AGUUCCAUCGCAGCCGCACAAAAUAUGGCCGCACGUUAAUUACAAUUUAAGUAAAUUGCGAUAAUAUAAGCAAAUCAAUAAGAUUACUAAUAGAAAACAGCUUAGUGGAAGUUGUGUGUACAAAAUAAUAAUAGAGUUCAACAAUUAAAUUUAAGUAUAAUUAGUUCAUAAUUGAAAACGGUGAAGUGAAAAGUCUGGUCGGCACAGCAAAGAGAAUUGUGAAAAGUUCAUCAUAGAAACAAAAAAAGCAAGAACUGAAAAUCCAAGGUAAAAGAAGGGCGAAAUUCAGUUCACAUAAAAAGAAAGUGCAAAUUCGUAAUCAAUAAAAGAGCAAAAUCAAUUGGAAAAUAUGCAGUGAAGUAGGUGAGGUGUAAAUUUGUAAAACAAAAAGUAUCGAAAGAAAAAAAAAACGAGUGAGAAUAAUCGUUUUGUUGGCUUUUUCCAUACAACGUCACCGAAAAGCUAGUAAAGGAAAAAAUUGCCGUCCGACUGCAGAAGCAACAACUAUCUUGGCGGGCUACGAUUAAAAGCGGCAGCAGGAUUGCGAAAGACCGACGUCUUCUCUACUGAGUAAAUAAUACUGUAACGACGGCAACAAUUUUGCCAUCAUAGCGUGCCAGCAGUACCAGCUGUUAUUCAUUAACUUCGGAGGUAUACGAAUAUAAAGUGUUAUUUGACGCAGUUGCACAUAUCUACAAAACAGCAAUAUGCAGCAUCAUGCACAUGUGGCACGUACAGCACCUCCCCACUUGCGUGCCCAUCACAUGGCUGUGCCACCGCCGCAUACCCAAUCACAGCCUCAUAUACCGCAAAUGAAUUUGGCACAUGUGCCACCGCCGCAACCAACCGGACAACAGCAACAACAGACGAGUCAGCAAAAGCAGUCACAUCUUAGUAAUGGUCCUGCAACUGCUGGUACUGCUGCAGUGAUCUCAGGCUCGUCCAUCGCCGUGGCGUCACAUGUUCGCGAUCAUCAUACAGCACGUUUGAAUCAGCAACCAUUGCAACAACAACAACAUCAGCAUCCCUCAUCUAUGCACACCAGCACGCAGCUGCAAAAGCUGCGACAACAACAUCAGCAUAUAAACAGCAACAAUAAUAAUAGUACAAACAAGAACAACUAUCAUCAUCAUCAAGCACAGCAGCAAUACAACAACAGCACCAGCAAUACGCACGGCAAUGUGUUGCCGGUACAAGCGGCAAUACAACAACAAUCGAAGCAAACCACACAGGUGCCACAUCAUACGUCGCGACAUCACCAACAGCAGCAGCAGCAUCAGUUGCAUCAUCAACAACAACCACAACAACAAGCAACACAACAGCUGCAACAUAAGCAUACAGUGGCUCCAAUGCCACCACAGCAGUCACACGGGCACGUAAAGCACCAACAGCCGUUGCAACAAACACAACCACAACAACAACAAGCGGUGCAAACAACCACAAAUCUGGUUCUUGCAAAGAAUGUCAUCAAUACGCAUGUGCCACCACCGUCGCUGCCACAGACACAACAUCUGCAAAAACCACCACCUACGACUUUGAACUACUAUACUGCCGGUAACACGCAAAGCAACAACAAUAAUGUGCAUAAAUCUAAGUACAACAACAAUAAUAGCGUUGUGUCGGUCAGUGGUGGCGCCGCCAGCGAUGUUGGCAGCGGUGUGCCACCAAAAACCAUAUUGCAGAAUCCAAAUCGCGUGCUGAAAGCGCGCCUGCAUGCCAGUUCGGCUGCAAAUAAUAUUGACGUGAGUACUGUGAGACCGUCGGUGGGUAUUGACGAUACUAAUAAAACUGCUAAGAACGUUGGCAACAUUGUUAGCAGCAGCGGCAACAAUGUUGUUAGCUCCACAGAGACACAUCUAAGUGAGGUCGUUGCUAAUAACGUGACCACAGCAGCUGCCGAAAGCACUACGAGACGUGAGAGUUUACAAAUCGUACAAAGCACUAACCAAGUAGAGGCUGCCUCCAUCGAGUCUAAUAAGGAGAAUAUGACUAGCGCAGCACAAAGCACAAAUUCCAGCAUUGAAGUUAGCAGCAGCACGACAAACAACAACAACAUAUUGUCCAAUGAAGACAACACAGUGGCGAAAAAUUCGAAAGAAAAGACACCGAUGUGCUUGGUCAACGAAUUGGCGCGUUACAAUAAAAUCACACAUCAAUAUCGCUUAACCAGCGAGAAGGGACCAGCGCAUUGUAAGCGUUUCACGGUCACGCUGAAACUGGGUGAGGAGGAGUAUUCAGCUGAGGGUUUCAAAAUAAAGAAAGCCCAACACUUGGCAGCUGCUGAGGCUAUCGAAAAGACUAAAUACAAACAUCCCGUGCCGAAAGUGAUACGCCGCGGCGCGGAUGGUGAGGGGAGUUCAUCGCGUGCUAACAUCACGCCUACAGUGGAGUUGAAUGCGCUCGCUAUGAAAUUGGGUCAACAGACCUAUUAUCUGCUCGAUCCACGACAAGUUGGACCGAGCGAUGGCAUGGGACCACCACCAGAUGCUAUGAUGGCACCGCGUUUCAAUGUGCCGCCGCCACCACAUGCGCUGCCACCACACGCCAUGGCCGGUGGUCAUAUGCUACCGCAGCACCCACCACCACAUGUGCGUUUGAUGGAUCCGGCAUAUGUGCGCCGCAACGGCCCGUAUGCCACAGCGCCACCACAACCUCAGAUGCACGGACUUCCCGCUGCCGGCUCGGUUAUGCGUCCACGUUAUGGUGCGCCCGCACAACGUGCGUACAUGCCCAAAUAUAACCAACAGCAACGUUACCCGUUAAUGGCGCCACCACCUAUGGCCGGUGGUCCACAUAACGGUAUGCUGCCGCCGCCUCCUUUGCCACACCCGCAGCACCCACACCAUGGUGGCAUGCCACAUCGUUAUGGCAUGCCUGCUGCUUUGACCAAGGUGACACUAGUCGUGGGAAAGCAGAAAUUCGUAGGGCUGGGCCGUACAUUGCAGCAAGCCAAGCACGAUGCCGCGGCGCGUGCCUUGCAAGUGCUCAAAGCGCAAGCCGCCACACAGCUUAAUGAAGAGCUCAACAACAGUCUGGAGGAGAGCGACAACAAAUCGCCGAUCUCGCUGGUUUAUGAGAUUGGCAUACAACGCAGCCUAACGGUACACUUUAAGGUGCUGCGAGAAGAGGGUCCAGCGCACAUGAAGAAAUUCGUAACAGCUUGCGUAGUGGGCACCAUAGUAACAGAAGGUGAGGGUAACGGUAAGAAGAUAUCAAAGAAACGCGCUGCGGAGAAGAUGCUGGAGGAGCUGAGGAAACUACCACCAUUAACGCCCACCAAGUCACCCAUAAAGCGUAUUAAAGUGAAAACGCCCAGCAAAGCAGCAGCCGGCGCGGACUCCGUUUCGGGCGGUGGUGGCAAAUCGGGUGGCAGCAUGGGUGAACGACGAAAACGUGGCAGUAGUUCGAUCAAGGAGAAGAAUGAUGCUGAUACCGAGACUGAGAACCCCAUCACGCGACUAAUACAGUUGCAACAAAAUCGCAAGGAAAAAGAGCCGAUUUUCGAGUUGAUAGCGAAGAACGGCAAUGAGAACUCGCGUAGACGCGAAUUCAUUAUCGAGGUGACGGCACACGGCAUGGUAGCACGUGGCACCGGCAACAGCAAAAAGCUGGCCAAACGCAAUGCAGCACAGAAUUUGCUCUUGGCGAUGGGAGAAAAAGACACCGCGGCUGCUGAACUGAAGUCCAACACACCGCUAGCUUACACACAAUCAGUAGUUUGUGUAGAAUCAGUAGUAACAGCGGGCGUCCCGGCCAGUAAAGAGCAAACCAAUACAGUAUUGCAGCCAAAUGUUGAAGCAACUGCAGCGCCAGCAAUCACCGCAACGCCAGCUGUUGCCGCUGAAGCGCACAUUGAUGUGCCACUUGUAACCACCACAGCUGGUCAAGUGCCAGGCAUACUAAUACUGCGUCACAACAAAAAACAUGCAACAAAGAAAAAAGAAAGCAUGAUUAGUACUACAACACGUCUACCGGUGGUUGAGGAAAUUGAAAACAAGCAGGAGGAAUCGGUAAUCUCUACAACGCAAACGGCACCUGCCGCGGUACAAAACAACGCAAGCAGCACUGACAAUCAACCAACUGCUGCUGCAAAUGCUAAACCCAUUGUUGAAGCUACUGCCACACCGGCUGUGGCGGACUCGACAAGUACCGCUAGCAGCACCACUGGCAGUGCCGCGCCAUCGAGCAGCAGCGCGUCGAAGCCGAAACCGGCAGGCGUGCACACGAAAGAUCAGUUGCUAUAUCUGGCAAAAUUGCUGGGUUUUGAGGUGAACUUUUCCGAUUUUCCCAAGGGAAAUCACAGCGAAUUCCUAACGAUCGUGACGCUUUCUUCCAAUCCACCGCAAAUCUGUCACGGCAUGGGCACUAGCGCUGAGGAAUCUCAAAAUGAUGCGGCUAAAAAUGCAUUAAAACUGCUUAGUAAAUUAGGCUUGAAUAAUGCGGCGAAUUAAACAAAAAAUUACAAUACAAAAAUUGUAAUCUGGCAAAAUAUUAUAUUUUCUAAAGAAAAUGAAAUUCAAAUUGAAUUUGGCGCCACAAAAUCUAUAUAAGAUAUGGAGUGUCGUUAAAUGGACAACAAAAGUGAAUAUCAAUAUUAUUUGAAAAAAAAACAACAACAAGUAUUGCAUAAUAAAUUAGUUACAACAAAAACGUUUGUAAUGUUACAUGGAGUAACAAAACUUACUUUACAAAGUCAUUAUAUUAGAGAAAAUUCAAAAGCUGAAUAAUAUGUGCAACAAAAAAGUCUUAACAAAUUAUACAAACACAAAAUAUGAACAAUGCUGCUACAUAUACAUAUAUUUCCUUCCUAUUUUGUUAACAUAUACACACUCAAAUGUAUAUUGGCAUUGAGCUGCAUUUGUUUAAUUUAUUUACUUUACCAUAAUUUUUGUUAACUUUAUGCUUAGUCAAAUUUGUUAGACGCUUAGUAGGCGAACACAUUGUGUUUUCUGAUAAAAAAAAAAAUUAUAAAAAAUAUUUCAUAUAAAAUUAUGAAAGUUCAAAAUUAGACAAAAGGCGGCAAAGUUAUAGCAUGUUUCUAUACUUAUUGCUAACUGUAAAGCCUUUCAACUGCUAUUUAUGUGAGAUUCUCGCUCACAAUGCGAUACAGCGCACCUUCUGGCAAAGGUGUUUAGCUGCUUACCAAUUUACUGUUACUUUUUUUUGCUUUAUAGCCGCAUGUUAAAGUGAAAAUGAUUAGAAUUUGUUUAUAUUGUAGUAUUUUGUAAAAGCUAUGUUUAUGCUUAGCUUAUAUUAUUUGUGUUCAGUAAAAAAAAAAUUGCAACAAUAUUUAUUUAUUAAGCUUUGUAUGAAAAUUAUAAAAUUUUGUUGCAUUAAAGCAUUGAAUAAAAGCUAGCAAAAACACUUUUUGAUUGUAUAUAAAUUAAAUUUUAAAAUUUAAAGGCAAGUCAUUGAAAAAUCAUAUAAACAUUUCGCAAAUAACAAACGAGCCACAGCAUUUUUGACAUAUGUAUGAUAAACACAAACAGUCGUGUCAAAAUUGCGCAAAAUCAUCUGUUUUCGUGAGAUAUAUGCGGUAUUCUGUGGUGUUGCAUGAAAUUCAUUUGGAUGUGAGCAAAAGCGCAGCUUAAAUUUGAUUGCUGAACCACAAAUGUUGUAGCGAAAGAGGGCAGCUUACUUGGAGAUUAAUGAUAAACCACAUUUUUGCAUGCAAUUUUGAGGUUAAUCGCACAUUUUUGCACGCAAGAAUGCUGGAGGAAAGCAAAACAAAACAAAAAAUAAUAAAUAAUUAUUAAUUUUAUUUGUAAUUAAUGUAGAAAGCAGCGUGGAUUUAAAGGAUAAAACAGAAAAUUGCAAACACGCAGAAUGCAAAAACCAAAACAAAAAAUAAACAAAAAACACGAAUUGUAACAUGUGGUCGUAUUUUGAUUGUGUAUUAAAAAUAAAUAUAAAAAUUUGAAAUUAAUUGGGUUGUUGUUGCGGCCAAUUGCGCAACAGUUGUUGGAAAUGCACAACGUACACGCGUAUACAUAUGUAUACAUGUGACAAGUGCUGGUAAUUUGAAAUUUUUAAUUUAUUUUUAGAGGAAAUAUGAAUUAUUACAAAUAUAAAAUAUUUGGCAGCGACAAAAAAUAUGCAAGAAGCAAAUUAAUUACAAUCAAUGCAACAGCAACUUACCUUUGCAAAGGCAAAACUCGUACAUUUGCUGCUUGUGUUGAUUCUAAAACGAAAAUUUAACAAAAAAAAAAUAUUGUUUUUGAAAAUAGUUAUAUAAUAAAAAAAUUAAAUUAUAACAAAUGUGCUGCGCACAAGCGCACGCAUUAAGUAUUUAAAUAAAAAAAAUGUUUUCUUGGAUGAUGGAACUCGUCGUAAUAAUGAACAAAACUAUAAAACUAUUAAAUUAUUUAAGAAAUAAAUAAAGCGCUGCUGCACUUUAGUCGUAAAUUUAAUUUAUAAACUGCUUAUAGGCGUAACAACACACACUAACUAUUAAUAUACAUACAUAAAAUAUCACAUGAAAAAUGAACAAUAGCGUAUUUGUAACCAGUUGAUUGAAAAGGAAAUUAAGGCGCUAUAGGUUAUUUAUAAAUUAAAUGACACUGGCGGACCAUUGAACACAUGCUAAGUAUAAUCGGCCGCUUCUUGUACCCUUCACAGUUGCCAAUUUUAAUGAGGCGCACUCGAGUUUGUUGCGCCACGCACUUGAAACUGACGACUUGGAGGCGUGUACUUAGUUGUAUUUCUACUGCAUAAUACAUAUUAUUUAUUUCUUCUUCAACCGCUUGGACAAUUCAUAAUAAAUUGCGCGGCUUUGUUAUGACUAAAAGCAGGGUAUAUCACCUGCUAAACGGUAAAAUGCGAAUUGGAAAGUGAGAAACGCUUAAAAUUUUGUUUCCAUAUUUAUUUAAAACUAUUUUUUGCGAGUUAGAAGGUUCGAACUCGAAUUGGAAAGUGCGAAACGUUUAGAAUUUAAUUUUCAAGUUUAUAAAACUACUUUUUUGAUAUUUAGAAUGCUCGAACUCGAAUUGGGAAGUGAGAAACCUUUAAAAUUUAACUUUCAUAUUUAUUUGAAACUAUUUUUUAAGAGUUAGAAUGUUCGAACUCGAACUGGAAGUGCGAAACGUUUAGAAUUUAAUUUUCAUAUUUAUUUAAAAUUAUUUUUUGCGAGUGAGAAUGUUUAAAAACAAUUUUUGUUAGCUAUAAUGUUUCAAAUAUCGUUUACGCUUACAAAUUUGUCCACUAAAAUACCGUUGCUUCCGCGCCCACCCUAUUAUGGGUUGUCCUGCGGUGUUUUUUUCUUUAGUCUUAAGUAUUCAUUGUAAAAAAUUUAGUUGUUUUCCCUACAUUAAAUAAAAACAAUGCUUUCGUUAUUUCAAUAAAUUCUUAAUUGCAUUUUUAUGUUUCUUAAAUAGUUUUCCAAAUUGACUUUACCUUCAAAAAAUAUGAAAUAAAUCGCUAAAAGUUUUUAUAUGCGUAUUUUAAUGGAAAAAUUUAAUAUUUCAAUGUGUUAUGUGUUGAAAAGUUGUGCACAAAUGCAUCAAAUAAAUAUAUGGAUUAUGCUGUUUAUUAAAAAAAUGACAAAAAUGCAAUAAAAAUAUAUUUAUAAAAAGAAAAAAAUAUUUUUGAAAAACAAAAUAAUAAUUAAAAAAAAAUAAUAAUAAGUGUUUGAAGAAAAUGUAAUAAGUUUUUGAAGAAAACUAAGUUAAAAAAAUUGUCGAUAAAAAUAAUAAAUGAAAAGACAUUUUUUUGGAAAAAAAUUAUAUAUAUUAAAAAAAUUUAUUUAAAACAAGUUGUGUAAAAUCUCAAGAAUAUGAAACAAACUUACUAUUUAAACAAGCUCCUAAGCAACUAUUAUUUAAAAUAAAAAAUAUACAUAUGAGAAAUAAAGGAAAACAACAGCAAACUUCUUAAAAUACGAACGAAAAUUGUAAACAUAUUUUUGAAAAAUAAUAAUAAACUGCCCUUAUAUAUGGUA